CCGGCCCAGCCAUCAGCCUGGGGUCCGACCCCUGACCCCUGACACCACACUCCCUUCCUCCCUGAAAACCCUGGAGCCUGACAUUGGACUGGAGACUGAAACCCGACCUCUGACCCCGUAUCUUGAGCCCCUCCCCCACACCACGGUGACCUCACAAAAGUCUCCAGCUUCUCCACAGGCUGAGGCCCUCCGCUAUGGCCCUUCUGGCCCCAGGGAGCGCUGUGCCGUCCGCCUUGGUGGCCCUCACGGUCUUCAGGGCCUCCGCCUGGGCCUGUCUCCUCUGCUUCACGUCUUACAACGAGCGCCAACAAAUCUGCCAGAUCUUCGCCGGCCUGGAGAGCCCCGACCUCAAGAAGUGUGAGGAGGCCUUAACAGAUGCCUUUAAGGGCCUCUUGGACACUGAAAUCAACUACGAUGAAAGGAGCCACCUGCACGACGCCUUCACCCAGAUGACCCACUCCCUGCAGGAGGUGGCCUCUGCCCAGGGGUCCUUUCGGGUUGCCUUUCCUCAUGCCGCGGAGAAAAUGCAGAAGAUUAUAUUACAGCUUAAAGAAGUCCAGGCCUGCAUCCCUCCCUGCGGACUCCAGGAGGUCUCCCGGCGUUUCCGCUGCCGAGGGUGCUACUCCAAGGUCUGCGACCUCCCGCUGGACUGCCCAGUUCAGGACUUGACGGUGACUCGGGGUCAUCAGGCUAUGUUCUUUUGCACUGUGAACUUCCAGCUGCCUAAAGAAGAGAUCACCUAUUCCUGGAAGUUCGCAGGAGGAGGUCUCCGGACUCAGGACCUGUCCUACUUCCGAGAGAUUCCGGGGGCCCGAGGAUACCUGGCACGGAUCCGGCCGGUGCAGCCCACGCACCGCGGGACCUUCUCUUGCGUGAUCACACACGACCAGCGCCCUCUGGCGCGGCUCUACUUCUUUCUGAACGUGACAGGUCCGCCACCGCGCGAGGAAACUGAGCUCCAGGUCUCUUUUCGGGAAGUGUUGCGCUGGGCGCCACGGGAGGGGGAGAUGAUCGAACCCUGGACGCCCAGCCUGGGCGAGCUGCUGGCCAGGCCCGAGUCUCUGACGCCGGGCAAUCAGUGCCUACUCGCGGCCGCUGUGGCCUUAGCCUCAGCCAGUGCGGUCGUGCUGGCGUGGAUGUUCUUUCGAUGGUACUGCAGCGGCGACUAACGUGUCUUUUGUAUCCUAUUUCCAUCUCUAAAAUAAAGAAUCCAUUUCAGCUCUCUAGAUUCUUUCAUCGUCAAAGGUGGUCGCUACUAACUUAGGAGGAAGAGCGGCACACCCCAAAGAUGGCCAGGUGCCCAUGCCCCCGUAACGACGGUAAUAGGCGCAGCUGUCACAGUGCAGGGUCCUGUACUGAGGCUUUAGGUGCAAGCCCAGACCCCUCCCCGGAUAUCUGGCAGCAUCCUGGACAUUUCCGCCUGCAGCAGUCACCCUUAAAGAGUCCUUGAUAUCGCCCUGAAAGCCUGUUUCCUCCCCCAAGACUUUCUUGCUGUCAUAAAGGGCACCAUCAUCCACCCAGCUGCUCAGCCAGAAACCGAAGUUGAGUUUAAUUCCUCCUCCACUUCCAAUCUAGUUCCAAAUCUCAGCCUUUUCAAUUCCUAAAUAUCUCAUGGAGUUGCGCUCUCUCUGUGGUCCGCCACCAUCUCUUGCGUGGAUCACUGCAGCAGCCAGUCCCCUCUGGCCCCUCCGGCUCUGCUGAGCCUUGUGCCAGCGCAGUGCAUUCUCCACAAAGCAGCCAGAGUGAUUUUUUUUUUUUUUU